AAGAACCGAUAGCUUCAGUCUCGAUCUCCUCUCCUGCCGAUCACUAGCAGCAGCAGCCCUCUCUCUCUCUCUCUCUCUCUCCUAGGCUCGAGAGUGGGAAGCCAAAGCGUGAAUUGACUGUCUCGAGCAGCAGCAGCAGCAGCAGCAGCAGCAGCUUCGGUUGGGAUUGAAGGGCUCGAUUCCAGUGACCGGCAGAGCAGCCGACCUCUAGAAACCAUGGGGAUCGAUAUCAAGGCUAUCAACGACAAGUCCACCUCAGGAAAGCAGCAGAAUGUGCAGGAUGAUGGAACGUGGGGACCCGUGGACAUCGUCCAGAGGGCAGUCGAGAUUUUUAGGGGCCAUGCUUGUACCUUCACCUGGAUCCAGCUCACACUCGUCUUCCCCUUCACCGUCCUCGGAUUAUGGAACCAGUACUACAUCAAGAAGCUGGUUCACGAUUUCAUGCCCGUCCCACCGCCAUCUCCCCCUUCGAACUUUCAGCUAGGAGGAGAUCCCACUCCCGACGAGUGGCAAGCAGUGGUGGCAUUCAUCGUCCUGCUCUUGCUCGGAUUCGCUUUCUCAGUCAACGUGAUAGGCGCGCUUUUCUUCGCCGUGGGGAGCAUCUAUUCUGGCAAGACCAUCACCUUUAAGGAUGUUCUGGCAGCUCUGCCGAAUCUAUGGAACGGGCUCAUCGUCACUGGUCUCUGGGGCUACGUCUUCUUCGGCAUCGUAGCAGUCAUCGUGUUCCUGCUGGGCUCCGUGCUCAUGACCUUCGCUUCCGUCUCGUUUUUGCCUCUUCCCAUCGUGUGCCUUCUCACCUUCACAGUGGCCGUAAUUCUGAUGUUCUUCGUCUGCACGAGCAUCCAGAUGGCCAACGGAGUGACCGUGUUCCAGCAGAUCUGCGGUCUGCCUGCCUUCUCCAAGGGACUGCAGCUCCUUAAGAGCAAAUGGUGUGUUGCACUGGGCCUGGCCACCAUCUUCGCCAUCCCUCAAGCAAUUUUGGCCUUCGUUGUCAGCGCCGCAACCUUGGCUUGCGCAGGAGUAUGGGCCAAGUACUUGUUCCUGGCAGUGUUGGCAAAUCUCCUGUCCUUGGUCAUCCAGUUCAGCGUGAUGUCGUCUACUCUGCUGUACUUCUCCUGCAAUCAGGCCCACCAGCAGACCGUGUCUGUCGAUCACUUCUCCUUCUCCCAGAACCAGUUUGAAUCCGGAUACCAGCGCAUCGGAGGCCCUCUCCAAUCCGUGUAGGAUUUUUGAUGCACCGCGAGUCACUUUUCCUUCUUCGAGGAUCAACUGAAACCGAGAUUUUCGCUUCGGUGGUCCCGAUGAGCAGUUUGCCUAGACGUAGUUUGGAUGCAGUGGCGCUAGUUCUAGUCGCAGAUGCACUGUACUGGGAAAUGUAAAAAAGAGUGUGCUGCUUGAAGAGGCUCUUACAUCUCGCUUCGUAGCGAAGAUCUAAGUCUCACAAACUCGAAAGUUUUGUUUGUCAAAUGGCUGCGGAGGCCGCCAAAAUUUAACUGAAGCUCUGUCUUUCUUAAAUCUAUGUUAGUCGGAUUUCUGUCUC